CUACUUCCUGUAAGGGAAGCGCAGUCAGCUGUCACAACCUGGGAGGCGAACAGAGGGAACAUAGGCGAGCGCGAGCACAAAAUAACCGCAAAAAUGUCCAGUUUUUACAACAAGUUCAGUGGUUACACGAUGACUCAGCUCAACGAAAUACUUGAAGACGACGAAAAAUUAACGAAAAUGGUACAGGAGAUGGACGAGAUGCAGGAGGUCCAGCAGAACAAGGAGAAGACCCUGGUCAACAAUCGGACCCUGGCUGAGCAAAAUCUAGCUCUGCAGCCCAGCCUGGAACACAAGAAGGAGGACCUGACCAAGCACUACAGGUGUCUGCAGGAGAGAUUUGAGUCCUUUCAGCUCCGCAAGUCCACUCUAGACCACAAGUCAGGAAACACCUCCCUGGACACUUUGCUGGCUCUGCUGCAGACUGAGGGCGCAAAAAUAGAAGAGGAGACAGAAAACAUGGCCGACUCCUUCAUGGAUGGCGAGAUCACCCUGGAUUCUUUCAUUGAUUCCUACCAGAGCAAGAGGAAGCUGGCCCACUUAAGACGCGUGAAGAUUGAGAAGCUGCAGGAGAUGGUGGAGAAGGGCCAUGGGCUCCCUCAGAUGUCCAUCUCGUCCUCCCGAUCUCAGGAUGUGUCCCAGGAGCCCGCCCUCCUCACCGAAAACGACAGCAGCACUCCUUCUCCCGUGGCCCAGCCACGGAGGAAACCACCGCCUCCACCCUCCCUGCCAGCCCCUAUAUUAAGCCCAGCUCCAUCUGUUGCCCCUCAGUCUCCUGCCUUCUAUUCACCGUACCCACCAAUCCCUCCCCGGACCGGCCAGCCUUUCCCCAACAUCCCCACCGGAUACCCCAACCACUACGUCUCUCAAUACCCCCCUGCUCUGCCACAGAGGUCCGCACCAGGCAUGGCGCCGCAACCUGGCUUCAUUAUGCAGUAAAGAAAACAAAUUAGCCAUUUGGAGGACAGUUUUUUUUCAGAGACUUUUCACAACUGCAACUGCUCUGAGAGCAGUUUUUCCUAAUUUAUCUGUUUUCUUGUUUUACGACCAAUCACAACACAAGAAAGCAGGCCUCCACCAGCUGGUCGGGCCACACUCGGCUGAAGCAGAUCUAUAGUAAUCUCCAUGGAGUCGUUGCUCAGUUCUGUCUUAGGUCAACGCUCCCGUCAAAGAGAAAUCGAGAGCAUAAGGGCCUCGUCUUUCUCCAAUUGCUGUCAGUCAUAACGUGGGUCAUUUAACAGCUAGAGAGUCAGACCCUCAAAUCUAUUCUUUCAGCUUUUAAAAGUAAAAGUCUCAAAGAAAAGGAUUUAAAAUAGUAUUCUGCAGCACACCAAUCUACAGAUGAAAUAUAUAUGCAAGCAAGGUAAGACCCUUCUUACUGUGCAGUUUAGUCAAAAACAUCUUUUCCCAGAAUAUUUUCAGGGAAAACUGCAUUGACGCUUUGACUCUAUAGAUUUUUCCCCUUUUUUUUAAAAAAAAAAUCAAAAUUCACAAGGUACAUAUAGAUAUUUGAAUUUCAUCAUCAUCAUCAUAUUCAUCUAUUGGGCAGUACUAGCAGCGUGUUUAUUAUAGCCAGGAUAGAAUGAUUAGCAUGAUUAGCAAGGAGAAGGGCUUUGGUUGGUGUCCCUUGUUCCUUGUGUGGAUGUGUUUAUAGACUUAAGUUGGGGACUGGUCCAUCUCAGGGCACAUGAGCUGAGAGGAUCAACAGCUGAACCGCUGCAACAAAGAGCAGGCCUGUAAAGCCUUACCUGAUAUGAAGGAUUCAUGUAUAGCCAUACAACCCACUCCAGAUGUGUGAUGUCCUCCGUGUGAUGCAGCACUCCUGUGUAUGAUGUCCAGCACCAUCCUUUGGAAGUUCUAGGAAAAUGAUGCCAACAAAGUUUCGGAUGUCACUCAUUUUGUAUAGUUUUGUUCAGUUUUGUCGCACUGAACACCAAAGACUUCCCACAUCUGUUUGCGUUUUAGGUCUUUCGUGUAAAUAUGAGGUUUAGUAAGAUUAUUGUCUAACCCUGCAUAUCUGUUUGUGAUGUCAGAACACUCCUCUGUAAAUCGUAAGCCAGAAGUCUUCAAGUCUGCUGUUUGGCUUUGGAAGGGAACAUUUUCCGGUAACUUUUUUUUUGUUUUGUUUUUUUGUAGAACUCCUUCAUUCGUUUUCCUUUCCAUUUUUCUCUCUCUUGACUGCUGUUGCUGUGCACUAUUGAAGAGCCACGAGUGCCUACACUUGAAGUGACAUUGAUCACAGUUUGCUGAUGACUCCAUAUUUCUCUGUUGAUCAGCUGUAGAUGAGACCCAACUGUAUCAACUCCUGGAAAUCUGUCUUUUUAAUUUACUUGCGUGCUACUAAUUUUAGGUUCAGCUCAUGGAUUAAAAAAAAAAAAUAAUUCUGUCAGGGUUUGGGCCUGACAUCCUCUCAAUAGUGGUAGAACAAAGAUUUGAGAACUCCUCUGGCUACAUACCUGAUGAUUACACAUUUCUCGUCUUAAGAGGAUCUAUUGAAAAGUAAUUAAAUAUGUAUUUUAUUUUUUAUUUUAUUGUAAAGAAUAACAGGGCUCUAGAAAUAAAGGUGGACAUAUAUUUGAUAUUUUACCUGAAGGAACGGCAAAGACUCAAAUCAGUCAAAACUACAAGACAAACAAACUGAAGCAUUUCUGUGAACCAACGUUUCUAACAGCGAAGUGAAAAAUCUCCUCUCUGCAUGGCCUUUAUACGUUGUUCAAAUUCAAGAAUCCUUUUAAAUCCGUCUUAUUUUAGCAAAUGAGCUGCUUUUUGUUUGAGCUCUUCCUCUGCAUCCAUGGUUUUAUAUGUGGUUGGUGAUAAUAUCAUUGUAAAGUUGUAGGUAUUUACUUAUGAUGAAUGUUUAAGUGGAAUUUCAUGCUAUUUUCGAGUUCAAUAAAUCUAAUUUUUUGUAUGAUUUUU